UCCGCCGUUGGCGGGAGAUCCUCAGCGCGCCCAUGGAGGCCGCGGGGGGCGCCGGCCCCGGGGGUCCCGGGCGGUUCCGGGGGGUCCCGCGGGGCCCGUCCCGCUUCGAGGAGGAGCUGGCGCAGCUGCACGACGAGGAGGAGGAGGAGGAGGAGGAGGAGGAAGGGCUGGCCCCCGACCCCCGCUGCCAGCCCCGCGGCUCCCUCUUUGUGGGGGAGGUGCCCCCCAAGUGGCGCCGGCCGGCCCCUCCCCCGCAGCCCCCCGAGAGCCUGACCUUCCUGCAGCUGGACAUCGACCACUACGUGGGGGUCCCCCCGCGCGGGUUCCCGGGCUGGCCCCACCCCUCCCCCAUCCUGCGGAUGUUCGGGGUGACGGGGGAGGGGCUCAGCGUCUGCCUGCACCUGCACGGCUUCAGCCCCUACUUCUACGUGCUGGCCCCCCCAGGAGCGAGCGAGGCGCACCUGGAGCCGCUGGAGCGGGAGCUGGAGGCGGCGCUCCGGAGGGAGCAGCGGGGGGGGACCCCCAAAUCCGCGCCCCCCAAAAACGUCCUGGGGCUGCAGCUGGUCCGGAAGCAGAGUGAGGAGAGCCCCGGAACCCGGAAUUAAUCCGGAAUUCCGGAAUCCGCUGGGAAACCUAAAAAAACCGGGAAAAACGGCCCCGAGAAAUUUAAAAAUGACCCAAAAAUCAACCGAAGUCA